GGAGGGAAAUUGAAGAAUUUUGAACAAUUAUUUCGAGAUUAAAAUCGUCUAGUCUGUGAAAAGGCGAGAUAGUUAUGCAUUGAACAAUUAAAUAUUCCUGUGGUUCUUCGGGACUGAACGGCUAAACUUCGCUUCUUUUUGUUUCAAAAUGGAGGGUCUUUCUGAAUCAUUCGCAGCCAGUUUUACAGUUUCCUCUGACCCAAACGACACUUCAGCGCCCCAUCCAAGGAUGACACAGUAUAAAAUGAAGCCCAGUAACACACCAGAUCAGUUUUUACGAAGGAAAAGAAUGUUGGAGGAGCAGAAAAAACACAGGCGAGACUAUGUCAACUAUGCAAGAAAACUGGUGGAAGGAUGUUUAGAAGUUGAAGAUGUCGAGACAGAGGAGAUGGAGUUUAUUGAGGAGAGUGACAAGAAAAGCAGGAGAAGUCGUAAAAAGAAAUUUAAUCCUUAUGCAUAUCAGCUGAUGUUAUCCGAGUGGCUUGUUGAUAUUCCUGAUGAUUUAAAGGGGGAGUGGUUGAUGGUUAUUUGUCCAGUGGGCAAAAGGAACCUUGUCAUUGCCGCAAAUGGAUAUACUGCUGCAUACACUAAAAGUGGCUACAGGGUGAACAAGUUUUCUUCAUUACUCCCUGGAGGAAGUCCAAAAACUCUCAAACCUGGAGAUUACACCAUCUUGGACUGUAUCUUCAAUGGACUAACAAACACUUUCCAUGUGUUGGAUGUCAUGACCUGGAGAGGUCAUCCUGUGUAUGACAGCGAGACAGAUUUUAGGUUUUACUGGCUGCAGACAAAGCUUCAGGAAGAGCCUUUGGUGACACAAGCGUCGGCUGACAACCCAUACAGAUUUAUCAGUUUGCAUCAUCAUCCAUGUGAUGCCAGUUCCAUUUCUGAGGCUUUGAUCAGUGUCACAUCAGUCAAUGAGGUCGAUGGUUUGUUGUUCUUUCACAAGAGGACGCAUUACACUUGUGGAAGAACACCUCUGGUCGGCUGGUUAAAACCGUACAUGCUUCCUGAAAUAUUGGGGCUCCCUGUGCCUGAUGCUUUCAUGGUAGGGGUUCCUGCGGUAAAUAAACUUACUUUGCUGAAGUCGAACAAGGAGUUACGAGAUGGCGAUGAGGAAAAGAGGUUAGCGAGUGAGAACUGUGUAAUUGAAGAGAAAAUGGAAGUUCAGAAAACAAAGAAAAAACAGAGGAGAAAACAUGUUUCUAAAACUGGUGCAGGAAUGGAGGUUGAGGAGGAAUCAAAAGAAAAUAUACAACAUGAGGACACGAGUGAAAAGAUGGAAGUUUCCAAGAGAACUUCCAAACGAGGAAGACGUAAGAAAGGCGAUAAUGAUAUGGAUGUGAGUCAGACUGACGAAACAAUAUCUUGAAGUUGUAAAGACCUCUAUCAUCAAUGGCGGGUGUAACUAUUAAGAAAGCUUUCUCUGCGAUCCUUUUGAGUGCAAAUUCUAUCACUUCUAAGUCUACUGACGGGGCCAGGGUGACUCAGUUAAACGCAUUUAAUAAAAAAUAAAAAAUGAAAAAUAAUACUUAAUCUCGCAAUUUAGUAAGACUCGCACAGUUAUAAGAACCAGUUCCUCAGUUUUCAACGAGCCCAGCGGAUGCAUUCGAGAAGCGACUAGAAAUUUUAGCUUUAGCCUCCCCCACUCCUUUCUUGGUCACGCUUUGUGUUUUGUUUGCUAAAGGUAAACUUGAGGACUUGAGGCUCACCAUUGACCAUGAAUCCCGUGACAAACGAUGUACAAAAGAAGGAAAUUACAGCAAACGUUAGUGACGGAUCAAUGAUCUUAUCUACAUGUAUUUGCCUCUCAAGCCUUGUGCAUAACGAGAAAAUAUGAUCCGCCUUAAGGUUCGUUGUUAAAAAGGUAAAAAGGUCAAGCUCAAAAGUUGGGGGGGGGGGGGAAUCCAAGUUUAGGAUCGGUUAGUGCGCCCAUUUGGUUGCUCCGCUGACAGUCCGUAUUUUUGCCUUGUUUUCGGUGUCCUACCGUCGCAUAUUUUACGCAUUCCGUUGCCUCUACAUGGUACAGUAGCGCAAUGGCGGAAU